UCAUAUCCAUAAUUGGGCCUUGUACAAACACUAAGAAACCGGAACAAGCGGUUUGUGGCCAAUCUUCCCGCGUCUUUCACACACUUCAAUCUCGCCGGCGGCGGAAACUUCCGCUUCCUUCCUCCCUUCCCUCCGUCAAUCUAGAUCUCAUCUCCGUAUUUCAGCGUCCGUAGAAUCGAAACUUUUCAAAUUCGUCCUCUUCUUCUUCUUCUUCUUCUUCUUCUUCUUAAGACCUUGAAGUCGGAAGAAGCACGAAUUGGUGAAAACUUGAGCUCUGAAGGAAGUGAAUUAUGAGCAGCAGCUCCAGAGAGGGAUCUCCCGAUUGGCUUCGAUCUUUCCAGGCACCCACCACCACUUCAUUGUUAUCACUAUCUUCUUCAGAUGAUAGUCCUUGCAGGGAAUCUGAAACCAUUUCGUCUCUUCCUGUGACUGGUGACGGUGAUGCCGUCGUUACUAUUCUGGACAAAGAGUCCUCGGAGUCUCUGUCUAAGAAGGAUUCCAAAACGAAGUUGGUGACUAAGCAAGUGAGUAUCGAGCAGGUGUUCUCUAGGAGGAAGAAGAAAGUAGAUGCUAGUCUUGACCUUGAAGAGAAGGAGAGUGGAAAUGAAGUUGACGGUGAAGAGAACUCUAGCAAGCAGAAGGACGCUAAAGAAGGAGAUGAUUAUGUAUGGUUUGUCUCAUCUGAUUCUGAACCACCAUCUAGUGAACCAGUGAGUCAGCAAGUGACUAUGGCAACUGUAAAGGAUGAGGAUAUUGUUAUUCAACCUAAAGAGGGAGAACCUGCGGUUAAGAAGGCUCAAAAGAAAAAAUCUCCGAAGAAAAAGGCAAAUAGUGACCGCCAGUCACCCAAGAAAGAAGACAGUGCACAAGAAAUUUUGAAAACUGAAGAUAAAGAUACAGAUGCAACAGUAGCCGAAGAAGUAAAAAAGGAUAAGAAUGUCAAGCCUUCUUCUGGCUCAAGUUCAAGGUUGCCUUUGGUACUUUCUGAGAAGGUGAAUCGCACAAAGGUACUCGUUGAAUGUGAAGGGGAUUCUAUAGAUUUGAGUGGAGACAUGGGGGCUGUUGGGCGUGUGGUUGUGUCAGACACAACCGAGGACGUGUACUUGGACUUGAAAGGAACCAUAUACAAAUCAACAAUCGUUCCAUCCAGAACGUUUUGCAUUGUUAACGUUGGCCAGUCAGAGGCAAAGAUUGAAGCUAUUAUGAAUGAUUUCAUACAGCUAACGCCACAAUCUAAUGUAUAUGAAGCAGAAACAAUGAUGGAAGGCACUCUGGAGGGAUUCUCGUUCGAUUCAGACGAUGAAUCUAACAAAAACGGCAAGACGGCUUCAAAGCCAGCUGAUCAAAGUGGAAGUGCAGCGGAGGUAACCAACGCAAAUGGCAAAGGCAAAGCCAAAGCUAAAGGCGAAAAUGUAGUAGGGAAAAAGAGAGGAAGACCAACCAAAGAGAAGCAGCAACCAGCAAAGAAGGCUAGAAGCUCUGCUCCUAAGAAAACAAAACCCAAGAAAUGAGUUAUGAUUUUGAUUUAUCCCUUUAUUUGUUUUUUUUUUAACUUGUAAUUUUCUUUAUUCAGUUGAGACAAAACUAUAUACAUGAAAUAGACAAGUUUUACAUA